AUGUUUGACCUUCAUUACGAUAAGUUUGUGGCACUCUGCGCUGUCUUGUUAUUUUCAAAAGAUUCUUGUCUCCCCUUCCAGUGUGUUCUUAACAAAAAUGAAGAUCUAGGUGAAUUGUUAGCAAAGUUUGGACAGAACGCACCAAAUUUCGAAAAAUUAAAAAUAAACUUGAAACUCUUACAAGGUGCUUUUCUAUCUUUUGAUCCAUCUUCCUCUACAUACGAGUUUUCGCACAUAUCGAUUCGAGAGACAGUUUUCAUUGUUGCAGGAGAAAAAUUCAUUGAUGUAGUACUGAAUAGAUGUAAGAAUUCUGAUCUAGAUUUAGUGUGCUGCGACUUCUCUUUGUCGGAUACAGAUUCCAGCACCAGAGUCAACAAACUUGUUUUGAGAAAAGAACGAUAUCCAAAUCUGUUUGAAAAAAUGUAUGAUGAGAUACUUCAGAAUCCUUAUGAAAGCGCCAAUUUAAAAAUAAUGCAUGAUAAACGAUUUGUAAACAGCCUUGUGCUUUAUUACAAACAGAAAUCGUGUAUGCAAUAUCUGAUAAAGAAAAGAUACAGAUCUUCGGACGCUUCCAGACUUGUAUCACGAUAUCAGGUAGAUAUCGGAGACCACUGUCCUUCGUUGGUUCUAUUUUGCUACAGAAAUCCCAUGCUGUUAUCUCAAAUCAUAGAUUGGUACGAUUCGACCAACUCCUGGUUUCGACGAGAGAGAAAAUUCACCUUAGCGUUGGCCAUGGGGUCUGACUGUCCGCAAGUUGUCGAGAUCAUCAUUCAUUACGGCACAGUUCACGAUCUGCCGGAACACCCUUAUACUCAGUCCGAACAAAUUCGGACGCAUCCGAAAUAUAACCGAAGUCCAUCUCAAAUUGAUGAUUCGUCGUUCGAGCUGGUUGACUAUUUAUCAAGAAAAGCACAACUGUCGUUCACCAAAACCAAAAGACACACAGACACUGUCGACGAAGAACUUCUAGAAUACUCGAAAAAACUUCGAAUAUUCGAACGAUGGCCCCGGGAGAAGGUAGAAAUCGCGAUGGAAGAAGCAUGUAAACAAGAUAAUCUCGGCGUUUUUAAGUUUCUUCUCCAAAAUUACAAUGUUGAUAUUAAAGAGUCACAUUUUCGUAUUUUGAUAGAAGCAGACGACGAAUGUUCAAGAAUUUUGGAAUACGCUUUGACAGUGAAGCUAUUCACCAAUGCACAAAAUAUUCUCGCUUUAGAUACAGCUUGUCGUCAUGGCAAUUAUUCGCUAGCCAAAUUACUGGUAGCAGACGGAACUCCGAUUGAAGAUGACGUUCUGCAAUUGGUUGCAGGACUGACCAAUGCCAACCAAGAUUUGAUUGAUCUUAUCUACAGUUCCCGAGAAUGGAGCAGUAGUCUUACCGAAUUUGCUUUACAAACUGCGUUCAUGAAAGGAAAUGUUGAAGUGGCGAGCUUUCUCGUAGAAAAAGGUACGCGAAUCACAGAAAACUGCUUACUAGUCUUUGCUGCGUAUUCUCCCAAAGCAAUUCCGUUGUUUUCUAUCCUUGCCCUAGUAAAUGACAGCAGUUGGUCCAAUGAAGCCGUAAACAAAGCGAUUGAAAUCGCGUGUAUGAAACACGACUUCUUACUUCUGGAGUGUAUCUUGAGCAUAAAACGAACAGAUCAAGCUUUGGCGAUAGCUUCGGACUUUCCCGAAAACUAUAAAUCAGAACAGAUUCUUCAAAAUCUUUUAGAGCAAUAUCAUUGGACAGUGGAAGAGCGGCGCUUAGCAGUUUCUGCAGCAUGUGAUAAAAUGAACAUUGCUAUGUUCAAACUCCUUAUAAAUCAUGACACGUGAGAUUGUUCUAUCCUUGUAAAAAGUGAUGAAAAUAUACACGUUUAACCGAGACAAAUUUCAAACAUAACUGUUUGCGUUUAUUUUGAGAUUUUGUUUAUAUAUAUUGCUAUUGUUAUUUAUUUGAUUUUGCUUUUAUAUUUUGUUUGCUGUUGUUGUUACUGUUCAAUCCGUUAUUUAUAAAUGAAGGUUCUCUCCAAACAUAAAUAAAUCUUCAUUCAUGUUUCUUGUAA